CAUUUCACUUCCUUCCACACUGGCCGACGCGGACGAGCCGAGACGAACUGAGACAAAAACGCUGCAAAGUUGCUGCUGUCGCGGCCGCUAGCCCGGAAUCGAACCCGCGCCCACCGCGGAGUUUUAAUGCGCGGGAUGCGGGGCGGGGAGUGAGGCUGCGGGGAGUGAAGGGGAGUGAGGUGCGGGUUCCAGAGCUGCGGGUUCGAGGCUCAAGGGCUGCGGAGCGGGUUAGUGCGGGGCUGUGAGGGGUUGAGGGUUCGAAGCUCCAGGCUCAAGGGCUGCGGAGCGGGUUAGUGCGGGGCUUCAAGGGGUUGAGGGUUCGAGGCUCCAGGCUGUUCCAGAUUAAGGGUUCCAGGUUCAGGUUUCCAGGUUUCUAGGGUUCCAGGGUUGCAGAUUUAAGUCAAAUCAAGUCAAAUUUUAAUGAAAUAGCAAAUGUACAAACGGCCAAAGUGCUUAAAUGCUUCACAGGGAGAUUUUUCAGAUGCUUUAGAAAGAAAUAAGAAAAGAAAAGGGUUAAAAGAGAAAAUCUGGGUAAAACAAUAUAAAAAAGACACUAAUUUAAAGCAAAGGGAGAAAAGGAGAGUCUUUAACUGAGAUUUAAAACUAUUUACAGACUGGGCAGGUUAGGAUUCUGGGAUUCUAACGUUCCAGGUUAGAGUUCCAGGUUCCAGGGCCGCAGGUUCAGGGUUUAAGGGUUUAGGGUUUAGGGUACCAGGGCCGCAGGUUCAGGAUUCUAGGUUCCAGGUUAGAGUUCCAGGGCCGCAGGUUUAAGAGUUUAGGGUUUAGGGUACCAGGGCCGUAGGUUAAGGGUUUAAGGGUUUAGGGUUUAGGGUACCAGGGCCGCAGGUUCAGGAUUCUAGGUUCCUGGUUAGAGUUCCAGGGCCGUUUGCUGCAGGUUUAGCGUUUAAGGGCUCGGCCGUAGGUUCAGGGUUUAAAGGUUCCAGGGUACCAGGGCCGUUUGCUGCGGGUUUAGGGUUCCAGGGUUCUCCAGGUUACCAGGACCGCAGGUUAAGGAUUCUAUGGUUGCAGGUUCAAGAUUAAGGGUUUAAGGGUUCCAGGGUGUUCCAGGUUCCAGUUUUCGGGUACAGAUUAAGGGUUCCAGGUUAGAGUUCCAGGUUCCAGGGCCGCAGGUUAAGGAUUCUAUGGUUGCAGGUUCAAGAUUAAGGGUUUAAGGGUUCCAGGGUGUUCCAGGUUCCAGUUUCCAGGUCCAGGUUAGAGAUCCAGGGUACCAGGACCGCAGGUUAAGGAUUCUAGGUUGUAGGUUCCAGGUCCAGGUUAAUAGUUCCAGGUUCCAGGCCCGUAGAUUAAGGGUUUAAGGGUUCUCCAGGUCCAGCUCCAGGCCCCUGCACCAUGUCGGGCGCAGCGUCGCGGCGCCAGUGGUGCUACCUGUGCGACCUGCCGAAGAUGCCGUGGGCGAUGCUGUGGGAGUUCAGCGAGGCCGUGUGCCGCGGCUGCGUCAACUACGACGGAGCCGACCGCAUCGAGCUGCUGAUCGACACGGCCCGGCAGCUCAAGAGCUCCCACGGGGUCCUGGAGCGGCCCGCGGGGGGCCCGGGGGGGCCCGGGGCCAAGCCGGGCCCCCCCGAGGCGGCGGGCCGGCCCGGCGGCCGCGGGGACUACGUGCUAACCGCCCGCCUGCCCAACGGGCUGCACCGGGCCGAGGACGAGGCCCGGCAGAGCCCCAACCCGCCCCGCCGGGCCCUGGGGGGCCCCGCGCUGCACGGGUCCCUGUCCCUGCUGGCCCCGGGCCUGGUGCCGGGCCCCCAGGGGCUGCUGGCGGGCCCCCACGGCCUGUUGGGCCUGCAGGGCGCCCGGGCCCUGCGGCCGGGCCCCAGCACCUCCCUGACCCCGGACCCGGGCUGGGCCCUGGCGGAGCUGAACGAGGUGGCCCGGGCCCGCGUGGAGGGCUGGCCGGGCCGGCCCAAGGCGGUGCGGGAGGUUCUGGGGGCGCUGAGCGGCUGCUGCCCCUUCAGCGUGCGGUUCCGGAAGGACCACGGGCUCCUGGGCCGCGUGCUAGCCUUCGACGCCGGCGCCGCGCCGGACUACGACCUGCGGGUGUUCGUGGAGUACCCGGCCGGCUCGGGCGUCAUCUUCCCCGGCGUCCCGGACGCGGCCCGGCAGAUGUUCCGCGACUCCAACAAGGACCCGGGCAAGGCGGCCAACUCGGGCCUGCGCUACGUGGAGUACGAGAAGCGGCCCGGCUCGGGCGACUGGCGCGGCCUGGCCGAGCUGCUCAGCGACCCGGUCCGGCUGUUCAAGGAGCCGCCCGUCCCCGAGGUUCUGCCCACGCCCGACCCGGUGCUGGCGCUGGCGGCCGGGCGGCCCGGCCCGGCUAAAGGCGGCGCCAGCGCGCGGCGGCGUAAAGCGUCGCCCGGCUCGGAGAACGGGGAGCCGGAGCACCCGGGCCGGGACCCGUGGCCCCGGGGCUACGCGGGUCUGGAGCCCCUGCCGGGCCUGGCCGGGCCCCAGGACCCGCCCCGGCUGCACGGCCAGCCCUCGCCCAUCUCCGCCCUGAUGGGCGUGGCCGACGGGCCCAACAUGGCCGCCAACAUGGCCGCCAGCAUGGCCGCCCACUCCUCGGCCGCCGGACACUCGUCCAGCAGCAGCCCGUCCGCCUCCACCUCGGGGCCCGCGGGGGGCCUGGGCCUGGGGGGGGCUAACGCUAACGCCGGCGGCGCGGGCGACGCGGCGCCGGCCGCGCUGCUCUGCUGCACGCUGUGCCGCGAGCGGCUGGAGGACACGCACUUCGUCCAGUGUCCGUCCGUCCCGCACCACAAGUUCUGCUUCCCCUGCACGCGCGGCUUCAUCCGCGGCCAGGGCGGCGGCGGGGAGGUGUACUGCCCCAGCGGGGAGCGCUGCCCCCUGGCCGGCUCCGCCGUGCCCUGGGCCUUCAUGCAGGGAGAGAUCUCCACCAUCCUGGCCGGGGACGCCGACGUCACCGUCAAGAAGGAGAGCGACCCCUGACCCCAGUUAUACGCGUUUCUCUAAAGCACUUCUUCUUCUCCAGCUCGGUUGUUGCUCCGUCAUCGUUGGAGCCUCAAGAGAAACCGACCAGGACAAAACUGGAACUCUGACAAACGGGAAUCUGCAGAGGGACGUCUGUCCGCCCCGGACCGACCCCAACCUGGACCCCCCAAACCUGAUCCAGAACCGAUACCAACCCCCUCGACCCCCCAGAUCCUCCAGAACCCCAACCCUCCCGGCUCCGUCAUUUCAAACUGGAACUCAGACAAACAGGAACCUGCAGAGGGACGUCUGUCCGACCUGGACCGCCCCGAUCCCGAUCCUGACCCCCCCAAACCCUCCAGACCUGAUCCAGAACCCAUACCGACCCCCGCGACCCCCCAAACCCUCCAGAACCCCAACCCUCCCGGCUCCGUCAUUUCAAACUGGAACUCAGACAAACAGGAAUCUGCAGAGGGACGUCUGUCCGGGCUCGACCUCCGACCCCGACCUGGACCCCCGAAUCCCCCCAAACCUCCCAGGACUCGAUCCCCCAACCCUCCAGAACCCUCCAGAACCCUCCAGACCUGAUCCAGACCCGAACCCGAACCCACAUCCUCCGGCUCCGUCUCCUCCACCAGCCCAGGAUUGAAAGCACACGUUAGUUUGUUUGACAAUCUGAUUCUCCUUUCCCCGUCAACUCUGUUCUUAACAGAAUAUAACGCUGUUAUCUGUUCUUAACAGAAUAUAAAGCUGUUUAUCGACAGAAAUAUUGAUUAUUGAUUGAAACUUUGACAGAAAAAUGCAACUUUUUUGUGACACGAAUGUUGAAAACCCAGAAACCAUUUAAGGAGUUAAACCGUGUAAUCUCUGAUUUUAAGGAGUUAAAGCGUGUAAUCUCUGAUUUUAAGGAGUUUAAACCGUGUAAUCUCCGAUAUUCUGUUAAAACUCCUCACGUUGUGUCAAAAAUGUGAACUUACUUUCAAUACGGCUCUGUAAUUUCUAUUUUUGAUACAAUACAAAUUUCUAUGUGUGUUUCUAGUGAGAAGACCAAAGAGCUUCGUGCUAAGUGAGUGAUUGUAUCGUAGCGUUUAAGUCACUAAUUACUUCAUUAUCACAACUACGCUUGUUUUUCUAUAUCCUUUAUGUUAUUGUGAUAAAUAAUCCCCACAAUCUGCAAUGGUUAACCCACGUAUAAAUGUGUCAAUUCUACAAUAAAUGAUGAAAUA